GGCGACGAAGCCUUGGGGAAGGGAGGGGAGGGGAGAGGGGAGGGUUGGAGGCGCCGGAGCCGGGCCGGCCGGGCGGGCGGGGAGGAGGAGGAGGAGCCGGGGAGGGCUGGCGGGCGGCCGGGUGGCGGCGGCGGCAUGGCGGAGCCGAGCGGGGCCGAGACGAGGCCCCCCAUUCGGGUCACCGUCAAGACCCCCAAAGACAAGGAGGAAAUUGUGAUCUGCGAUCGAGCCUCGGUCAAGGAGUUCAAAGAGGAAAUCUCCAGGAGGUUUAAGGCUCAGCAGGAUCAGCUGGUCCUGAUCUUCGCAGGCAAGAUCCUCAAGGAUGGGGACACACUGAACCAGCAUGGGAUCAAAGAUGGGCUCACUGUCCAUCUGGUCAUCAAAACCCCUCAGAAGGCUCAAGAUCCAGCUGCUGCCACUGCUUCUUCCCCCUCCACUCCAGACCCUGCCUCAGCACCCUCCACCACGCCUGCUUCACCCGCCACCCCUGCCCAGCCCUCUACCUCUGGCAGUGCCACUUCAGAUGCUGGCAGUGGAAGCCGGAGGAGCAGUGGGGGGGGUCCCUCCCCAGGGGCUGGGGAGGGACCUCCCAGUGCUACUGCAUCCAUACUCUCUGGCUUUGGGGGCAUCCUGGGCCUGGGCAGCCUGGGCCUGGGCUCUGCCAACUUCAUGGAACUGCAGCAGCAGAUGCAGAGGCAGCUCAUGUCCAAUCCCGAGAUGCUGUCACAGAUCAUGGAGAACCCCCUGGUCCAGGACAUGAUGUCUAACCCCGACCUGAUGCGUCACAUGAUCAUGGCCAACCCCCAGAUGCAGCAGCUGAUGGAGCGGAACCCCGAGAUCAGCCACAUGCUCAACAACCCCGAGCUCAUGAGGCAGACGAUGGAGCUUGCUCGGAAUCCAGCCAUGAUGCAGGAGAUGAUGCGGAACCAGGACCGGGCCCUGAGCAACCUGGAGAGCAUCCCCGGAGGGUAUAAUGCCCUCCGCCGCAUGUACACAGACAUCCAGGAGCCCAUGUUCAGUGCUGCCCGGGAACAGUUUGGCAACAAUCCCUUCUCUUCCCUGGCCGGGAACUCCGACAGCUCGUCCUCCCAGCCUCUGCGGACUGAGAAUCGAGAGCCCCUCCCUAACCCCUGGAGCCCCUCGCCCCCCACCUCCCAGGCCCCCGGGUCCGGUGGGGAGGGCACCGGAGGAUCGGGGACCAGCCAGGUGCACCCGACAGUCUCGAACCCCUUUGGGAUCAAUGCGGCUAGCCUGGGGUCAGGGAUGUUCAACAGCCCGGAAAUGCAGGCCCUCCUCCAGCAGAUCUCUGAGAACCCCCAGCUGAUGCAGAACGUAAUCUCAGCCCCCUACAUGCGGAGCAUGAUGCAGACGCUCGCACAGAACCCCGACUUUGCUGCUCAGAUGAUGGUGAACGUGCCGCUCUUCGCGGGGAACCCCCAGCUGCAGGAGCAGCUCCGCCUGCAGCUCCCGGUCUUCCUGCAGCAGAUGCAGAACCCGGAGUCGCUCUCCAUCCUUACCAAUCCCCGCGCCAUGCAGGCGCUGCUGCAGAUCCAGCAGGGACUGCAGACCUUGCAGACCGAGGCCCCCGGGCUGGUACCCAGAGGCCAUCUCCCACUUCUUGGUCUCUCCUGCCUGCAGCCUUGGCUCCUUUGGGAUGUCCCGGACCCCAGCACCCUCGGCAGGCAGCAACGCCGGCUCUGCACCCGAGGCCCCCACCUCCUCGCCAGCCCCACCAACCACGUCUUCUCCAACAGGGGCUUCCAGUGCUCAGCAGCAGCUCAUGCAACAGAUGAUCCAGCUUUUGGCUGGAAGUGGAAACUCACAGGUGCAGACGCCAGAAGUGAGAUUUCAGCAGCAGCUGGAGCAGCUCAACUCCAUGGGCUUCAUCAAUCGUGAGGCCAACCUGCAGGCCCUGAUUGCCACAGGAGGGGACAUCAACGCAGCUAUCGAGAGACUCCUGGGCUCUCAGCUCUCCUAACCCCUGGGCCCAUGCCUCCUGCCUCUCCCUUCCCUGGACGCCAGCAUUUGGUUCCUCUGUCAGUCCCUACUCUCUACAGCUUGUCAGCCCUUCUGUCUUCUCCCUGGUCCUCUCCAGACAGCAGGGUGACUGUAGAGGCAUGGGCCCCAACCCCGUAGCUCUGUCUGAGAAUUUUGGCUUUACUUCUACAUCUCUUACAGAAUCUUCUCUCCUGGUCCUGCUUGAGCAGAGCUGUUUAAACAAUUCAGUUUUGUCGAUUGGCCCCACCUCCAUGCCCCAAACCACCUUUUGCAAUCUUCAAACUUCUCACUGGCAGUGCAGAGUUGAAGGAGGAGCCAGCUAUCUGGUUUACUGAAACAGAGUCUUCCAUCUGUCCCACUAGGGUUUUGCUUGUCUUAUGUUUGCUUUGGGUAAUUCUCUUCCUUCUUUCUCUCCUCUCAUCCCCUCCCACCUCCACCUAACCAAUGCUAGAAUUUCAUGCUCUGAAGGAGAGGCAGGGGAAACAGGCUAUGAUUUUCCUUCUCACCCCCUAUUCUGGUCACUUCAUUUAGCACUUUUUCGUGGGGUCUGUUGCAACUUCCAGUGGGAAGAAGAUGCCUGUUCUCCCUGUCUGAAGGGGGAGAUGAGACACAGCCCUCUGGACAGGGAAUUAACAAGCCCUGGACCAGCCCAGUGGAGGUUGGUGAGAGGAGGAGGGAAUGAGAUUUUUCUGGAAGAAGGGAAUGGAGAAAACAGCCUGAGUAAAAGGCUUAGAAGUUGGAGUUGACAAUUGGGGAGCGGAAGCACUAAGAGCUCUUUUAGGCAGGAGAGUCCAGGCUCAGGCCUGGCAGAGGAGACUUAGAGAUGCUAAUGGAACUUGAGUUGAAGAAAGGGGCUCAAUGAAGCUAAGUGAUAUGGCUCCAAGGGGUCGUAUUGGCUCUGUUUCCUCAAACACAUGCUUAUAUACACACUCACACACACAUUUCCAUGAACCCAGGACCUGCCUGUGUCCCCAGAUGCUAGUGAUUUGAGCCCCCCUCAAAAGACAUGAAGGGGAUUGGGGUCUUUCUCAGCAGUGGGUGUGUGUGGUUGGGUGGGUGGCUGCAUGCAUGCACGCAAGCAUACACGUGCAUGUGAAUUGAGUAGGAGGGUGGAUUCUUUGUUGAUCUCUGGUUCAGAGCUCUCUCCCACCAGAGAGAAGUAAGCAAAAGGGCCAGUCUAGGGCAGGAAUACAUACAGCCCAGAGAGCUAGGUCCUGUGGGCCUCUGGAUGCUGGGUAACCCAAGGGUAGUGUGGGUACCCCUUCUGAAGCUGCCAGGGUGGUGACCCUUGUCACCCCUCCCCUCUUGCUUUCAGGGAAUAGUAGAGGGGUCUUACCCCCUAGAGCCCCUGGCCUUUGGCAUCCUAGUCCCUGCCCUUUGAGUUCUUCAUUAUUUCCCUCCAGGCCAGAAAGUUCUAUUUGAGGAAGCAAAGGAGAGGGUGGCAAUGAUGACUUUAAUCUGGAACUGGACAUUGCUCUCUUGGAGCACAGAGGAGGCUCAUAUCACGAUAUCACGUCCUCUCUCUGCUACUUAGCUGAGCUGCUUGGAGGACCCAUGGCUGAGAAUAUGGAGGCAAGAGGAACAGAAUUUUCUCCAAGUGGGAAAGGGUCCCAAGCAAUCCAGAGAGAAUGUCUGUGUGGCUUUCCCUCCCCCAACUCCCACACCGGCCUUUGUAAAUAAAUGGCGUGGUCUUCGUUGUGA